AUGGACAUGCUAUCGUCAAGAUCCUACCUGGAACUGUCACAAGAAGAAAUAUCAAUAAACACUAGGGAAGGCCGACCCCGAAAGAAACCCGAAGCACCGGAGAUCCCCGACCAAGUGACCGACAGAAACUCGGCUACUCCGGAUCGUCCCGUGCGGAAAAGAGGCCGACCGAGAUUAGGGGCUAAAGAUGCCAGUGCCAUUGAGGAACGCCGUCUGCAGAUCCGACGGGCACAACGCACCUAUCGUCUCAAAAAGGAGAAUACCAUACAGACUCUUCGAUCUCGCGUCGAUUUACUAGAGCAAACACUAGAGAAUGUAUCAGAUCUUCUAGACGGAGCUCAUCGCGAUGCAGUCGCUCACCUCCACAACGAUCCAACUGUCCAGCCAAGCGUGGACUAUCUCGCUCUCACACGAGAACUCAUUCUAGCAGAAAUAAACAAGACCCGACUACUCACUCCCGAAAACAACAAUGACCUCCAACUCGAGCAUACCAACCGUCCGUUGAGAGAUAAGGACACAUUCGGUUAUGAAGUGUCACACACAUAUCCCCAGAAGAAUAACCACAACACCUCCUCUUCAUCUUCAUACCCACUAUACAGCCGCGCCCGCUCUCCGUCCCCACUAAUUAACCGCAUCCUCCCCACAGCAACAAUCUACACCUACAGCCACCAAGAAUCCAACCUCUCCCGCCGUCUCCACAGAUUCUGCCUUGAACACACCUACCGCUGGCUAACAGAUCCCCGCAGCGAUCCCGCCCUGAUAAGCCGCGUCUUCGGACUCGUCCCCUGCAUCCACGACAUGGCAGGCAUAAGACGGAAUUUCCGACGCACGCUACAAUCCGAGAUCGGCAGCGGGCUGGAAUUCGCCAAGAUGCCGUUCUACACGCUCGGCGGGGCGGGAAAGCAUUUCCCCCGCGUGGACGGGGACGGAAAUCCCGUGUACCCGGAGAAUAGUCGGAGACCGGGGAGGAUUCUGCGGCGGAUGGAGCGGAUUUUACAGCGGGGCGGGAUUCAGGAUUGGGAUGAGGAUUGGAGUGGGGAGCGUGAGCCUGUUACAGGUGCUUUGGACGGAGGGGUGGAGAUGGGUGAGCAGGAGAGGAUCCGUUCGUUGGAUCUUGAUGGGGAGUGGUUUGAUUGUCAUGAUGUGCAGGGGUAUUUGGAGCAUCGGGGUCUUGUGCUGGAGGGGUCGGCGGUGAGACUUACUGUUCCUGAGAGUUUGGUUGGAGCUUUGUAUGGAUUUUCGCCGGAUCGAUCGACUGUUUCUAGUCUCUAUACUUCGUCUGCUGGGACUACUCCUGUUGAGAAGACGGAGUCGGAAUCACCGACCCUAUCGUCGUAUACUCUGGAUGUUGAGUGUUUCUUUGACCUACUUCUCGCAAACCUCAGAAUUCUCGGCCGCGCGCCAGGCUUCCGAGUAUGGGAUGUCGAUGCCGCAUUGCGAUCAGCGAUCUCCCGUCGCCCCUUUGGCUAG